AUGGAGGAUAUCAAUUCCGAAGUGGGUGUUCAGCCCACAUAUCCAACAAGGGAGGAGCUUUUAUCAAAGAUCAUGUGGGUAGCGGACGUUACCGACCCCGCGCUUUACCUGGAGCAAUUACAUGGUGCAUUUGAGGAUGUUAUAUUCUCCCGUGUCCAGGAGGAGGUGGAGAAGGAGGAGGAUGAUGAAGGGUUGAAAGGUACAAGACGUCUCAAAACGGUAGCUGACCGUAUGCGUGAGGAAAAACGGAAGGAAGUGCUCCGUCGGGAGUUGAUGGAGCUGCAGGAUGAUACUUCUGUUGACGAAGAUGGGAGCGCAGGGGAACACACAGCAGGAGAUGUUGACGAUGACCUGAAUGUCGACGAGGAAUUUUUAGAAGAGUCUGAUUUUAUGGAUGAUAGGGAGUUUCUUUCAUGGAUACACCGGAAUGAUGCUCUACCACGGGAGGAUCAAGCGGAGAUGGUACUUAAAGAGGAUGUACCCGCUGCUGCCGGGCUGGAACUCGAGUUACACCGUGUAGGUCUCCGUGAAGAAACCGAACUUGAAACAAGAGAAGCGUUACCAGAGCGUCUACAGGCCAUUGCGGAGCGUGAGCGUCGACCACGACUUCAAUCACGCAAGAUUUCUCCCUCCCAGUCCUACAAAAUUCGCCUUGGUCGUGAGGCAUUUUGGAUAAUUUGUCAAUUGCGUGGUGCUGGGCAACCGUUGGCUCACAAUACAAGCAUCUGUGCCCUGGCUAUGCUGCCGUUUUCAGAGGUGGAAAACCACCCUGUCGUUAAGGCAGUGGAAUAUGCUCUCAAAAAAAUGACGCAGGAGUUCCUAGAGCCCGCACACUUGAUGCUCUAUCAUCAAACCGCGUUACAACCACUACUCUGUGCACUAUUAGAAACUUCACCUCUUGUGGAGGCAGCGGAGCGUAGUCUGCCCGUAGCUUCGUAUGCGUACAGUACGCGGACCGGGAGGCGUCAGAGGCCUCUGAUUUCAGAUAGUUAUGUUGGGUUUAGUGCGAGGGGGGAUGAGAGGGCCAUUGGUUUCGGUGACCCUGCAUGGGACAAGGAUGCGCAGCGCUCCAAUGGCGAUGCUGCAGCCGCAUUGGAUAGGAUGGAUUUCGCGCAGCGCAAACCCUGUUUCAUAGAGCUUGGUCGUCUCCUCCUACGCAUUCUUGAGCUUGAUGUGUUGUGCCACAGGCUCGAGUGGCAGAGGUGGCAAAUGUUGUUGAAAUUGGGCAGUAGCACAGAGCCUGACGUGGGGCAGGAAGGAGCGGCAUUGCGACAAAUGAUGUUUUUUAGCGCGAUUGAAGCCGACUUCUGGCAGUCAUUUGUAAGUCAACAUGUCUCCGGAAGCAAUGGUCGAGCCACGCGGACGAUAAAAUCUUUAGGUCUUGAGAGUGCGUUCGAGCAGUACACCAUAGCGGGUACACAAUACCAAGAAAAUUUGCGUGCAAAUGCACCCAUUCGUGUCUGUCCACCGCCGCAAUCGGUUUCUUUGCUGGAGUGGACGAGCCGUGUCGGUGCUUCUUUAAAUCCACCGCGCUGUGGCGAAACCGUGCUUUGGUUAUUCAACCAAGCAAUAACGGAGCAGUUUACGCGGCUCCCUGUUCUGCGUACCCGACUAUUCAAUGUGUUCUGUGCGGAGGGAGACCUGAUUGUUUCUUACAAAAACUCGAAGAAAGCAGAUGACGUAUAUCCACUCGCAAGUUUUUUCGUUGAGCAUUCACGUCACUACUUGGACCUUCUGGAGCGUGAGCGACAGGGCACGAUUGACUUGUUUUAUGUUCUUAACGACGAACUGGUACGCGGUGUGGCGAAAUUCGGCCAACUGUACGAUCCGUCUUUCAAUAACGCUGUUGGAAUCUCCCAACGGGACGAGUGGCUGACGAGUCGGCGAGACGUGAUGGAGUUGGUUUUAAUCCGGCUCGUCGAAGGGUUGACUCCGAAAGUAAAAGCAGAGCUCAGCCAGUUCGCCAGUCGGUGUGCCCAUACGCAAUGCGCUGAACGAUUUGGGCUCUUGUGUGCCCAGGGCCCCUACGAACGUACGUGGUUAAAUAUUGCUGCAUACGAUGACGAGGCACUCGUGUGGGAACCUGAAUGGAAUGUGGUAGAGGCCCUGCCACGGCGGCCUGCCGGUUUGCCCGUAACAAGCAGUUAUGGGUGCAAGCCUCCUGCGCGCGUGUGUGCGGUGUAUGGCGGUGAAGGUGGUUUGGCACACAUUUGCUUUAUCGAUGAGAAUGGGUUACUAGUCGGAACCAUGCGAUGGGUGAGUUGCGCUCUAACCUCUGAAAGUGGGCGGACGGCUGAUUUGCUGCAGAACAUUCAGUUGGAGAACCAGUUUGACCGAUGCAAUCCCGGCGUCGUUGUUGUUGGUGCUUCCAGCACGGCCUCCUUGGGUUUGAUGCGUUCGAUGCAGCGGUUUCUCCGUGAACGUGCGGAAGCCAAUCUUCGCGCACACGUGCCCAUCGUAUGGGCUCCCGUAGAAGUUGCCAGGUUGUACAGCGGCACAACGUAUGCUGACAGUGAGAUGCCGGAUGCGGAUAGCCUUUCGCGUACGGCGCUCGCCCUCGCUCGUUAUGUCCAAGAUCCACUGGGCGCCAUCAGUGUUUUAUUUGACAGCAGACGCACAGCCCUCCGACUCUCACUGGGAAGAGUAGCGAAUAUCACCAGCGAGCAGGAGGAACAGCUUUAUUUGCGACUCUGUUGGGAGAUGAGCCUAUGGGUUACAGCAUGUGGAGUUUGGGUCGACCACUGUCUGACGCGCUCGAACAGCACGGCACUGUUGCAGUUCAUUUCAGGGUUUGGACCUGUGCGCGCGCGCAAGCUGCAGCAACUUCUGUUUUUGCGCAGACCUAUCAAUAAGGAUGAGUGUGAAAAAAUGAUUACCAAUGCUUUUGGGAUGCAUGUGGCACAAAAUGCCGUUUCCUCACUUAGAAUCGGACCACCAAUGGACAGUGACAGGGAGGUGGGGACUGGUGAAGACGGAUCGUUAAAGUCGGGUCGCUGGACGUUGCUGGACCAGACGUUGUUGCCAGUCGCAUGGUACAGCACUGCAGCUUGCAUUGCAUGUGCUGCAUUGAAGCGUGCCACUUCUCCGCACGUAAUAACAAUAAGGAGAACUGUUGCUGCUCUUUUAGUUGCCGAUUUUAUGCAGCGACCUGCCGAUGAGAGGCGUGGUUGCAUGGAUCGCGACGUACGUGUACAGGAAAUAACAAGAACGAUGCGGCUCGAGGUACGCUCGACGUGGAGCGGCUUGCUGGGGAGGAGGGAGGUGGAAUUUGUGCAGGAUGAGAUGAUCGCUUCCGGUCAGUCAUUCAUGCGGCGGCCGUACCGUCGUAUUUCCAAUCGGGAGCUGAUGACAUAUGUAACAGGUAUUACGUACUGUACAAACCAAGAUGCACCUUUUCUGCACCGUGGUGUAGAAACAAUGUCUCUCAUUGUUUGUGAGGGCGAGUACAUUGCAGGUGUGGUGCAGAGCGUGCGUGGUAAGUUAGCCGCCGCUUCUGGCGUACCUUCAAUCCGGCUCACGACAUCGCGUGGUCUAAAUGCCACCAUAUCAGCUGAUGACAUCGACGAUGAAACAAUGAAGCGAGAGUUCCUCGAAUACGAGGAGGCCUUGAGUGCGUUGGGUGAGGAGGGGAGAGCCAUUGGACCUCCACCGAAUCGACCGCAAUGGCUCUGCCGAGGUGCCCUGAUACAGGGUAUCGUGAUUAACUGCCAUUGGGAGCGAUGUGAGCUUCGCCUCCGCUGGUGUCGUCCCCGUGGUGGGGAGCCAGAUUCCCGUCGUAUGCAAAAGAAAAGUGCGGCGCGUCGCAAAACUCGUGAGUCUCGUGCUGACGUUGGUGACCCCGCCGUCAGCGACGGCGAUGGUACAGAUAUAGGUAGACAUUACCUAUCGUACACGGCAUCCGUGCGUGAUGCAACGAGUUGCAACAGUUCCCUUCGGACGGAACGUCUUGACAUAGAUGCACGGGUGUUUGCCACCAAAGUAUCCCGUCAUUCGCUAUUCCGUGAUGUCAACAGCACUAAAGCAGUCGAGUUCCUGCAAAACAAAAAGAUUGGUGAGGUACUGCUCCGCCCAGCCUCUGGACACCGCAACAAAGCAGUUGCCGUGGUUAAGAUAGGUGAGUGGUCCACUUGCAAUUGGCUCAUCAGUGAAGACCGGCGCUCAAAUGGAUCGAUAUACUACCGGCUUUCAGACCAAGUGGAAAAACGUGAGAUUGAGUUUAACGAUGUGGACGAGUUUUUGACCAAUUUCAUAGCCCCUAUGGUGUCGCUUGCCCAGGACAUUCGGGCGCACCGGCGGUUUGUAGGGAGCACGCGUGACGUUCUCGGUGCACUUGAUGCACAGCAGAAGAGCGCUGCCAGCAGAACCGGCACGAAUGGAUCUAAUUUCAUUGCGUAUGUGUUCGUUGAGGCAGAGCAGCAAUCACGGCCGUCUUUUUAUCGUGUCGUUACGCGCGUCGGCACAAGGGAGCGAAGUUUCUACCUUCAUAUAAGCGACAGAUAUAUAUACAUACGUGUUCCUCUCCGGACCAAGGACGCCAGCGCUGAGGGUUCUAGGGCUGGUAUGGUGCUGUUGAAGUGCCGUAACGCAGAACACGUGAGCCAGGUCGUAAAGGAGCUUGUGCAUCGGUGUUAG